UUAUUACAGCCAGUAUGGUGUUCACAGCGUUAAGAAGAAUACUUCUACCGUCCCGCUCCUACAGUGCUAUUACACGAAUUAGGAGAACAUUCAGCGCUAGUGCAAGUCUUUUAAAUGACAAUGAAGAAACGUCCGAUAUUGUCAUAUCCGGAGGUGGUAUGGUUGGAGCAGCAAUGGCCUGUGCUUUGGCCACCAACCCUUUGUUUUCUGACAAGAAAAUAAUCCUUCUGGAAGCAGCGCCAGACAAGGGAAAGUUUAUUCUGCAAGAAAAAUACAGCAACAGAACAUGUGCUUUAAGUCCAGCAACAGUAAAUUUCUUUAACAGUUUUGGUGGCUGGGAUGAAGUUCUUCAGAUGAGAUGUCAACCAGUCAGGAGGAUGCAGGUUUGGGAGUCCUGCUCUGAAUCUAUGAUAACUUUCAACAAUGAUGAAAUGGCUGAACCACUGGCUUACAUCGUUGAGAACGAUGUUAUUCUGGCAGCACUAAUGCAGAGAUUGUCUGAGGUUGAUAAUCGCGUAGAGAUCCGGUAUAGAACUAAACCAAAGGCAUAUGAGCUGCCUGGGGUGAAAGAUUUCUCUUCCAAGCAACAUCCACUGGUAGGCGUUGAGCUGGAAAGUGGAGAUGUCAUACGAACAAGAUUGCUUAUUGGAGCUGAUGGGAACCAGUCCGCAGUGCGUCAAGCAGCCGACUUUCACACAGUCAGGUGGGACUACAAACAGAAGGCUGUCGUGGCUACUCUCAAACUAGCUGAGGCUCCUGAUAACUGUGUUGCAUGGCAACGGUUCCUUUCAACUGGUCCAAUAGCUAUGCUCCCACUGACCGAGAACCUUAGUUCCCUGGUGUGGUCCACAACACAUGAGGCAGCCAAGCAUCUACUGAGCAUACCGGAGGACAGCUUUGUUGAUGCUGUGAACGAUGCUUUUUGGCAUGAUCGAGAGAAGAACGUUUUGGCGGACAAGGCUCUUGAAGUCUUCAGCUCUGUCGUUAGGAACAUCUUGCCAGGGCCAGACACAGUCCGCCAGCUACCACCGACUGUAGUGGACAUAGAGCCAGGGAGCCGUGGCGCCUUCCCACUGCAGCUGAUACACUCCUCGGCAUAUGUGCGACCUAGAGUCGCUCUUGUUGGUGAUUCAGCCCAUCGUCUACAUCCGCUGGCAGGUCAAGGGGUCAACUUGGGAUUUGGCGAUGUAGAAUGUCUUUCAAGGGUUCUGACAGCUGCUCUACAGAACGGUAGUGAUCUGGGAUCACUAACCCAUCUCCAUGACUAUGAGACUCAGAGACAGCGCCAGGUGGUGCCAGUAAUGGGAGUUAUCGAUGGACUACAGAAACUAUACAGUGUGGACUUCACACCCAUUGUUGUGCUGAGGAGUUUGGGACUGCAUGCUACCAACACAUUGGACAUUUUGAAGAAACAGAUAAUCUCUCAAGCUGCAAGUUAAUGGUCCAGGCAGACCUGAUUUCUGUGAGGGAAGGUUUCAGAGUGUGAUUGCCUGUAAAUAAAUAUCAUAGUGAAUAAAUUCCUUGCUUGUUGUGUUUCA